AUGCGUCUCCUCUCGCUCGCCCUCCUCCUCUCCGCCGCCAUGGCGCUGCCUUCCGCCGAGAAGUCCUGCUCCGGCGUCGGCUUCCCCUGCGGUAACGCGACAGUAAACGCCUACGACUGCUGUGUCCCUCUCGUCUGUGCCCCGGGCGCGGUAAGUCCCAAGUCCCUCUCUCUGCCUCGUGCGUCGUCGGCAUCGCCAGGAUGA